AUGGCGACCAGCCCCCUGCCCGGCCCCACCGACAUCUUGCUGCCCUCGCCGUCCAGCGCCUACCCGCCGGACCCCAUGAACCAGCCGCGGGCCGGACACGCCGCCAUGAAGCCCAACCAGGUGGGGCAGGUGAUCCUCUACGGCAUCCCCAUCGUCUCCCUGGUCAUCGACGGGCAGGAACGGUUGUGCCUAGCGCAGAUCUCCAACACCCUCCUCAAAAACUUCAGCUAUAACGAGAUCCACAACCGGCGGGUGGCUCUGGGCAUCACCUGCGUGCAGUGCACGCCGGUGCAGCUGGAGAUCCUCCGGAGGGCCGGGGCCAUGCCCAUCUCCUCCCGCCGCUGCGGGAUGAUCACCAAGCGGGAAGCGGAGCGGCUCUGCAAGUCCUUCUUGGGGGAGAACCGGCCCCCUAAGCUGCCGGAUAACUUCGCUUUCGACGUGUCCCACGAGUGCGCCUGGGGCUGCCGGGGGAGCUUCAUCCCAGCCCGCUACAACAGCUCCCGCGCCAAGUGCAUCAAGUGCAGCUACUGCAGCAUGUACUUCUCCCCCAACAAGUUCAUCUUCCACUCCCACCGCACCCCCGACGCCAAGUACACCCAGCCCGACGCCGCCAACUUCAACUCCUGGCGCCGCCACCUCAAGCUGACCGACAAAAGCCCCCAGGACGAGCUGGUCUUCGCCUGGGAGGAUGUCAAGGCCAUGUUCAACGGCGGCAGCCGCAAGCGGGCCCUGCCGCCCGCCCCCCCGGCCCCCGCCGCCGCCGCCCCCGCCGCUUGUCACCCGCUGGGCUCGGUGAAGCCCGCACCUCCUGGCCGCCCCCCCGGAGCUGCACCAGAAGCGGCCGCGCUUCGAGGAGGACGAGGAGCUGCAGGAGGCCGUGGCGGGGCUCACGGCGGCGGCAAGAGCCCGCGGAGCUACCCCGUCAUCCCGGUGCCCAGCAAGGGCUCCUUCGGCGGCGUCCUCCAGAAGUUCCCCGGCUGCGGGGGGCUCUUCCCUCACCCUUACGGCUUCCCCGCCGCCGCCUUCGGCCUCUGCCACAAGAAGGAGGAGGGCGGCGGCGGGGCCGACGGGCUCGGCGGGGCGGCCGCGCACAAGGCGGGGGCGGGGGGAGCGGCGGGCGGCGGCCUCUCGGGGCUCUUCUGGCCGGGCAGGAAGGACGCCGCCUUCUACCCGCCGUUCUGCAUGUUCUGGCCGCCCCGCACGCCGGGCGGGCUGCCGGUGCCCACCUACCUGCAGCCUCCGCCGCAGCCCCCCGGCACCCUGGGCUGCUCGUUGGGCGACGGGGCGGGCCUGCUGCGCCAAGCCUUCCUGGACCUGUCGGAACCGGGCGGUGAAGCGGGGGCCGCGGGGCUGGGCACCCCUGCCUCCGCUGCACCCCCCCCGGCCGCCCCCGCCGCCGCUGCCGCCGCUCGGGACCCUCUCUUCGAGUCUCCUCCCGGCGGUGGCAGCGCGGAACCCGCCUCGCCCACCGCCUCGGAGGGGGGCGGCAGCGGCGGCGGGCGGGUCCCCCCGCACCACCCGCACCUGCUGGAGGUGGCGGGCGGGCGGAAGGCGGGCGGCGGGUACCACCACUCCAGCGCCUUCCGACCCGUGGGCGGCAAGGAGGACUCGGAGAGCCUGGCCAAGCUGCACGGCCCGCCCCGCUCGGCCUCCCCGCCGCUCCAGCUGCUGCUGCCGCCGCCGCCGCCGGCGCCCGAGGAGGCGGGAUGCGAGCGGCACCCGCUGCCCCCGCCGCAUCCCCCCCGCCGCCUCCUCUCGCCCGGCGGCACCAGCUGCAGCUUCGCCAGCGAGGACAGCAGCGAGGAGGAGGAGGAAGAGGAGGAGGACGAAGAGGAGGACGAGCCCGAGGUGGACGUCGAGGGGCACAAGCCCCCCGAGGAGGAGGAGGAGGAGGAAGAGGGCGAGGAAGAGCCCCGCGGCGGAGACCCUUUGGCGGCCGGCGGUCGCUUCCCGCUCGCCCGGGGUCUGUCGGAGAAGGGCGGCCGGGAGCGCCCCGCCGCCGGCCCCUUCCCCCGGCCGCCCGCUGAGGAGAAGCCGGGGGAAGGGCAAGCCCCUCCGCAGCCGCCUCCCGGAGCCCCCCGGGCGGGCAGCGGCGGCAGCAGCCCGGCGCACCAUCCCUCCCUGGAGGAGCAGCCCUCCUACAAAGAUAAUCAGAAGAGCAAGGAGAGCAAUCCAGUCAUCCUGCCCACUAAAGAGGACACCUUCUCAGAUAAGAGCAAGGAGCAUAAUUUCUUCAUCACAGAUUCAGAGCCUUCAGGAGGGGACUUCUGGAGAGAUCUAGCAGGUGAACACACACAAGAAACCAAUUCACCUCAUUCACUGAAGAAGGAUGUAGAAAACAUGGGGAAAGAGGAACUCCAGAAGGUUUUGUUUGAACAGAUCGACUUACGGAGGAGACUAGAACAGGAAUUCCAGGUGUUGAAAGGAAAUGCUUCUUUCCCAGUCUUCAAUAAUUUUCAAGAUCAGAUGAAGAGGGAGCUGGCAUACAGAGAAGAAAUGGUUCAGCAGCUACAAAUUAUUCCCUAUGCAGCAAGCUUGAUCAGGAAAGAAAAGCUGGGUGCACACCUCAGCAAAAGCUAAAGCACAGGAUCUUUUGCAGCUGUUACCUUGUAAGUUAUAACCCACCACUCAGAAACCUGACUUGUAUAAAGACUGAGAAAAUGGAAGGGCUUGGGAAUUUAAGGAACAAACAAAUCAGGUUCUUCUGAACCCAAGGACAAGUGACCUCAAAGCAUCAUGGACAACCAUGUAAAAUAGAAUGUAGCAGCCAUUUAUUAGUAAAAACAAAACAACAAGAACAACAAAAAUAUCAAAAAAUGCCUGUCCUGGAUCUUUUUUUUUUUGGUGGUAGCAGCCAUUUAUUAGUAAAAACAACAACAAGAACAACAAAAAUAUCAAAAAAUGCCUGUCCUGGAUCUUUUUUUUUUUUGGUGGUACCAAAGUUGAAGUCUUUGUGUUUUUAGAAGGACCGUGGAACUUGAUAGAGAAAAUGCUUUUGAUGAAUCCUACAGAUAAGCUGUGAAAGGAACCUGCUGCUCCUUUCAACACCAACAAACACUUGACAACAUCUGCCAGUUCAUCUUUUGCUUUUAAAUAGUGAUUGUUUUAUGGAAAGAAAUGCCCAGAACCACAUUUGGACGGAUGGAUAGAGCAGCAUUAGCCAUACACAUUGCUUUUUAAAAGCAGACUGGAAACUCUCACAACCCCUUGGCCCUUUCCUCCUCUGGUAUUUUGCCUGCUGUAUGAAUUAAGAUUGUACUCCUCUGGAAAUAUUUUACAAUUUAAUAUUGAGUGUAAUUAAGAAUAUAAUCACUGUUAUCAAAA